AUGGAAAAAUGGAUCGUGCAAAUGACGGAAGCUGUCUUUCCGAUGCAGGCCGCCCUGGGAAUUGUUGGGAAUUUUAUCAACCUUCUCGUGUUGUUUUCGAGGCAUAUGCGGAGCAGAGCAAAUACUCUACUUGCAUUUGCUGCAAUUUCCGACAUACUUUUUCUAAUGUCAAUGAUACCCCAUAAUAUGGCGAGGAGAGCAGUUUACAUGUUUCGCGAAUGUGAUCCAGACAUGAAUGUCACGACUACAAAGUGCUACACCGAGUUUGCUCAUUUCUACUUCGCCAACAAAUCGCUCUUCACGUUCUUUCUCAACUGUUUUUCAUCGUUUAGCACAUGGCUUAUCGUGGUUGUCACCUUCGAUCGUUUAUGGGCAAUCAAGUCGCCGUUUUCAGCUCGUAAAAAUAGUUUCCGGUGUUCUUUCCGCGAGAUUCUGAUCGUACCUCUGCUCUUCUUCGUCUCGGUGAUCACUACCAUCCACUAUUGCUUUAAUAUGCAAACGAAGCAAGAGAACGGUAAAUAUUCACAGCGACUCAUCCUACCAGAGAAGAUGAUUAAUAUUCUGAUCACCAUCCAGCUAUUCCAUGCGACAUGUAUUCCAGUGUUUUUACUACUUGUGCUGAACAUGUUGCUUCUCUAUUAUCUUCGCAAUCGCCGUCAGUAUUUUGAGAGCGUUUCGAUCAAUCGGGAGAGUUCUCGCCGGACGACUAGAUCGGAUUCUGAUUUCCAGGACGGUUCUCCACCACUGAUCGAAGUUGAGCCACCAAAUGUUCACUCUCUUGUAAUCCCCAGCGGAAGCCAAGGUCAGGCCUAUGCCGGACCGACCGGCCAAUCGCGGAACGCGUUCCAAAGCGCUGUCGCGCAGUUGCGAGUUAAUAGCACUUCCCUGUGGAAUCGACAGCUCUCAAAAGCCGAGCGUCAUGUCACAAUUACCGUGAUCGCCAUUGUAUCCUGCUACAUUAUCACCCACCUUCCGUCCGCUGUAAUUGUUGCUAGAAUGUAUAUCAAUAGCAUUGCCGGAAGCAUGUACAGCCAAAAAUCUUCAUACACAUGGGUGGCAAUCUCAAACUUCUUCGUCAUUUCCGGAAAAGUGACAAACUUUUUCCUCUUCUGCUUGAGCAGCAAGCACUUCCGCCACCACCUCAAGAACAAGCUGCUCAUGUGGCGUCGAGCCAGUUGGAGCAGCAAGAAGACUUCACGGCCAAGGAUCGAGCUUCACUCUGCGAUGUCGAACACUGAUAAUGGGGGUUGUUCAUCUGUGGGCUUGAGGCUGGUGGUGCCGGCUCCAUCGCCGGUCCCCAGCGCCGUCGAGCUGCAAGAUAAUUCAAAUGGUCUCCCCCGUACACGCUCUCUACCCCUCGAACGACAGGAAUCUUAUGUGGAAAGCGCAAUUGCCCCCGUC